GAGGGAGGUAGAGAGGUAGAGGGAGAAAGGGGGGGCGUAAGGGAGAAAAGAACCCACGAUAGAAUAUCCCUGCACAUACACUGGAGAGACCAAAUUUGACGCAAAGGAGCCACAUUUCCUCAUACAAUCCUGGGGGAGAGAAGGAAAUGUCACAUCCCGGUAAGCCCGAACUAGGGUUUGAUGCCCUCUCGGAUCGCUUCCGCGAGUCGCUGAGUUGCGAGUUCGACAAGCCCGAUUUCCGCGAACUCGAUCUGGGCUCGCCCGUUUCUCCUUUACGGACUCGGCAAAGUGGCCUGGCGGCCACCACCACCACCACCACCACUACAACCACCACCACGAGCAGUAGCUCUAGUUCAUCCGGAUCUGUUUCGGGGCGAAAUGCUCAGAACGUUGUAGUCAGGAGGCCCGAUUCGGGCACGAACCACCACUCCGGCGAGCUCUCCGGGUCCAGUGACAACAGUCCGACGGCCGGAUCCGCCAAAACAGCCCGGAUUUUUUAUUCGGGUCAAGCAAGAUCCGACUCGGCCAGCACCCACCACACACACUAUUCGGGUCAAUCCUCAGUCAAUUCGCCGCCUCUCAACGUCCUGCCCACGGGCAACAUCUGCCCGUCGGGCAGGAUCCUCAAGACGGGCAUGGCGGUGAACCGGAGCUCCAGGUCCGACGUGUUGGGGUCUGGCAUGGGCAAUUACGGACACGGGAGCAUAAUGCGGGGCGGUGGCAUCGGGCCCACAAAGGGCGUGGGUAUGGGGGGAGGAGGGGGAGAGGCGGCUACUGCGAGCCCUAGAGGCAUCGGCGGCGGUGGAGAAUCAGUGAGGAGGGCAAUGGGGGGAUUGGAUCCGGAGGAGGUGAAGAGGGCAGCGAAUGAGCAGUAUAGGAGAGGGAAUUUUCAGGAGGCUUUGAUAUUGUAUGAUCGGGCCAUCGCUCUCGCGCCGUCCAAUGCGGCUUACCGGAGCAACCGGGCUGCGGCUCUGAUGGGUCUUGGGCGGUUGGCUGACGCAGUGAGGGAGUGCGAGGUGGCAGUUAACUUGGAUCCAAAGUAUUGGAGGGCACACCAGCGAUUGGCAUCCCUGUUUAUUAGAUUAGGGCAGGUUGAAAAUGCUAGGAGACAUAUGUACAUCCCAGGGUCGCAACCAGAAUCAAAUGAGCAGCAUAAGUUACAGGCUGUAGAAAAGCACCUCAGUAGAUGUGCUGAUGCACGCAGGGUUGGCGAUUGGAGAACAGUCCUAAGAGAAAGUGAUGCUGCUAUAGCUGCUGGAGCCGAUUUUUCUUGUCAGCUCUUUAUGUGUAGAGUGGAAGCACUUUUGAAGCUUCACCAACUUGAAGAAGCCGAAUCGAGUUUAAAUAGGGUACCCAAAUUAGAACCACUUGGCGACUCGUGCUCACGUGCUAAGUUCUUUGGGAUGCCCUCUGAAGCCUACCUUCUUUUCGUGCGAGCUCAAAUUGAGAUGGCGCUGGGGAGGUUUGAGGGUGCAGUUUCCACUGCUGAGAAAGCUGGGCAAAUUGAUGCGCAAAAUUUUGAAGUUUCAGUGCUGCUGAAAAAUGUCCGGUUGAUCACGAGAGCUAGGGCACGAGGAAAUGAUCUCUUCAAAUCAGAAAGAUUCACUGAAGCUUGCAUGGCAUACGGAGAUGGGCUUAGGCUUGAUCCUGCAAACUCUGUUUUGUACUGCAAUAGAGCUGCUUGCUGGUUUAAACUUGGUCAAUGGGAGCAAUCAGUCGAGGACUGCAACCAAGCUCUGCGAAUACAACCCAAUUAUACAAAAGCCCUUCUCCGAAGGGCUGCCUCAAACAACAAGCUAGAAAGGUGGGAAGAUGCAGUGAGAGAUUAUGAGGUCCUCAGGAGGGAGCUUCCAGAUGACAAUGAGGUUGCAGAAUCUCUUUUCCAUGCUCAAGUUGCAUUAAAGAAGUCUCUUGGAGAAGAGGUAACCAACAUGAAGUUUGGCGGUGAAGUUGAACAAGUAUCGGACCUUGAGCAGUUCAAGGCUGCAAUAUCCUUACCAGGAGUUUCUGUGGUGCACUUCAAAACAGGCUCAGAUUCUCAUUGCAAACAGAUGUCAUCAUUUCUGGAUAGUCUUUGCAGCCGCUAUCCAUCCAUUAGUUUUCUCAAGGUGGAUGUUGAAGAAUGUCCAGCAAUUGCUAGUGCUGAGAAUGUCCGGAUUGUACCUACAUUCAAGAUCUACAAAAGCGGAUGUCGAGUGAAAGAAAUUGUGUGCCCAAGUCAUGACGUGCUGGAGCACUCGGUGAGGCAUUAUAGCUUUUAGCACAAAUAGAGAGCACUGCAUUUUCCGCUUCCCUGCCAUUUUUGCAAUAUCGGUCUGCUCCUGCAGAAACCACUGUCCUCAAGCUCUUCCCUCCACCCUGCCAAUAUAUCCUCCCGCCCUGUAAGGACAUGCAGUUACCUGUGACAUAAAUAUUCCAUUCAAUGUAAUAACCUUUCACUAGCAGCCAUGGGAGAGGCCAGAGAGAGAUAGCUUUUAGUUUUGCUUUUGCAGUUUUCAUUUGAUUCUUUGAUUCCUCCAUUGCUCUCUGGUCCCUUGUUCUCCCUCUUUCUCUCCCACUCUUUUUUUUUUCCUUUUGUUUUUUGGAGGGGGUCCCUUUCACAUUGAUGUAGUAGGCCAGCCUGGCUAUUGUAUCUCAUUAUGAUAGAAUUUGAGAAAUUUCAUGUACAAUCAUUGAAUCCUACAAGCACAUAUAUGUUAGAAAAGUGGGCAGGAGGGAGGGAAGGCUAAGAUUGGUGGGUGGCUGGCUAUAGCUGGUAGAAGAGGACUGCUUUGUAUAAUGUAUAUAUGUGAUGAUAUAUACACAUGAAAUAUUGGUGGAGGCUUUGAGGGAGAAAGAAAUUGGAUGUCUCUGGUGGCUACUUUCAAAUGGGUUGGUGAGAGGAGGAUGGAUGAACUAUGAUGUCUUGAGGAAUAUCAUUGUUUCUUUUUUGUCAAUCACUCAAUCAAUAAAAGUUACCCAUUUUUUCCUU